UUUUUUUUUUCUGGUCGUAAUCGAAACUUUGUAGCCUAAAUCAGCUCCUCUAAAACUUUCGGUUUCGAAAUUGUCUUCCGUGGAGAGAUUGUAGGCCUAUUUCCUUCAUGUUAAAUACGCACACUGGGAUCAUUUUCGCUUUUGCUGUUUUAAUUACUUUGAUUAACUGUACUUUCUUUAUAUAGAGAAUGGCUCUUUUGGAUGUAAGUGGAUAUAAAUGUAAUUCCGAGUCACAGUUUGGCUUUAAGCAAACGCAUCUUCUCGACCGGUCGAAUCACUAUAGUUUUGGGACCAAAUGCCAGGAAUUCGCGGUACCUGUCGGAGUUGACCCCUCUAAGUUUCUGAAAUCAUGCAGUUGUGAGGACGGCGUUUCCAUAGAUCUGAAUCAUGGCACCACAACCCUGGCGUUUAAGUUCCGUCAUGGAGUCAUUGUGGCUGUUGACUCCAGAGCAUCAGCUGGAAAAUACAUUGCAUCAAAAGAGGCCAAUAAAGUGAUUGAGAUCAACCCUUACCUGCUGGGCACCAUGUCCGGCAGCGCUGCAGACUGUCAGUACUGGGAGAGACUGCUGGCUAAAGAGUGCAGGUCUGUCUCAGCAUGCUUCUGAAGGGAUGAGCAGCUGCUCACAGGA